AGCUAUUCGUCGAGGUGAUGCUUCUGUGAUACAAAAAAGGAAUAGCCAUCCAAUAAUCAACAAUACUUCCUUAGUAAUUUCACUUUAAGAGCAAGUUCCAACAUAGAGGCUUUCUAUAUCAUAAAUGACACAUUUAAGUGAUUUCUCUUAUAUACAAAGAUGUGCUUUGGAAAUAUAUUUGUGUGCAUAUCUUCUUUACAGCAUCUGGUCGAAUGAUCGAUUCAAAUGCCUACACCCGCAAAGAGUCUUUUCUGGAGAGCUGAGAAGUGUUGUUACAAUAGUGUAUCUAAUGGUGGCACUAAUGCAACUAUCUUGGGACGCAAUAUCUACGUGGAUCAAAUAUCAAGAAAAAUUCGUUGUGAUUCCCAACACAACACAUGUUGUAACCAAACCUUUUGAUUAUUGGACCAAUCAACACAAGAUGAUUGCACAGUCAAUUGAUUAUGUUGAAUGUGUCAAUUUAUCAUUACAGACAGGUGUGUUUUUCUUACUUCAAUGUUUCUGGAAUUACCUUUCGAAUUCUGUGGCCAAAAAAUCGUUUAUGAGCUCUUGGGAAUUCAAAUUUUAUAUUUUUUGGGCUUUGGGAAGUAUGGCUAUUUUCCCUGUUCUACAAUGGUACUUUAGAAAAGAUGUACAUAUGAGAGAAACUGCUCCUCAACUUGCAUAUUCUAUCGAAGUGCUUAUUUGUUCCUUGCUAGGUAUUCGUUCUCAUUUCCGCUUCAAACGUUUAUUGAAUAUCUCUCAAAACUUAAAGCACGGUGCUGCAGCUAUUGUUGAGAAACUCGGCUAUUUUAAAGAUAUGAAUAUAUAUCUUACUGUCGUUCUUUUCUUUUAUGGCAGCGGUUUGUGUAUCCUUUGUGUCGAUGGCUUAACAGAAGCCAAAAUCAUCAAUUCCAGUAAAUUCGGCUCUGAUUUGUUAGCAGCUAAUUUAAAUACGGGAUCAGUCCUUUUAUGGCUCAUUACAAUUUCCAUUUUUCAUCCUCGUCAAUCAAGUGGCGAGCCUGGAGCAACAAUGGACUCCAUGACGAGUCCUGCAGCUACAUCUAACUCUCAUUACAAUAAUAAUGGCAGCCGAUUUGGUCUAAGUGGUAUCAGUACAGGAGAAGGAAAAGAAAGAACAGGAAUAGACGUGGAAAUGAAUCAUACUCCUCACAAUAGGAUUAUGAAUGGUUCGUCAAUUUCUGAAGGUUUUUUCAAUACGUCUGCUACUAGUAGUCAACGACUAAGCCAACGUAUCACAAAUUUCAUAGAAAACAAGAACAAUGGGAAUUUGAGGUUUGGCACACUAACUGCAGCAACCAACAAUAGCAAUAAAAUGACAAUCAAUGAGACCAAGACGAUGUAUGGCCCCUCUCCUACUACUGCCGCCGCUGCCACAGCAACUGCCAAGGAAUUACUUGCUGAUAAUAAUGGUAGCUUUUUCAGACCUAUGUCACCAAUGGAAGUGGAUUAUCCUUCUGCUAUGAUGGCUGAAGAUAAUACAAAUAGCAGCCAAUUAUCAAUACGAAGAAACAAUAGUAAUUUUACACCCACACAUUAUUUCAAUCCUGUAGUAACAUCGUCACCAAAUUCCGAGCCAUCAUCAUCGAAUUAUUAUACAGUUGAUGAUCCUUACUCAAAACGUCCUAUAAAUUUCACCAUGGUGCAUCCUGCUACAUCUAGCGCCAAGAUUUAUAACCAUCAAAGCAAUGGUAGGCCUUCUAAUGAAGGAGGUUCUUAUCGCUCUAUUUCACCUACAACCCAUGUCUCCGAUGGAAAUAGUAACGGUAGAUAUCCACAGCAACAACAAGAUUAUCCAUUACAAACCAUUAGUGGGGCUGUCAGCCACCGUUAUGAUUUCAAACACGAUUUCACUAUGACGGAAGACCAAUCUUUUGAUUACCUAGUGCAUUCACCGAAAAUGAAACAUUAAAUAGCAGCAACUAAGGUCUAGAAAAAUAUUCAUUUACAACUAUAAUCCUAAUAUCAUUCCCUUGCGUUAGCACCUCUUUAAUGAAAGUAUCGGC